CUGCCCCAGCAGGCCCCAGGGAAGGCCGGCAGGCUGGGAUGCUAUCCGCAUGGACUCACUCUCCUCUCUUAGCCCUGGCACUAAGUGCGUCCUUCUGGCAAAGGAGAAAAUAAUUUCUGUCCCUCGCCAUCUGCUGCAUGGGAAGAUGGGACUGGAGUGAGCACGACAAGACAAAUGCUGCUUCCUGCAAUGGCCCCACCAUGGACCCUCAUCAUCCAACCCAAGUCGCCCCCUUGCCUUGCUUUAGCUUCACUAGAUUGUGAGGCCACUUCAUUGAAUCUUAUCCCAGACUUUAACUUUUCCAUGACUGCCAUGAUUUUGCCAUGUUUUUUACACAGAAUGUAUCUGACCUUAGCUGCCUUGCCACCGCCUUUGGGACCCUGAGCCUUCUUGCCAGCACUGUCACUCCCAGAGGUUGCUCCCACUUUCCCCUUUUCCAGAACCACUUGUUCCUUUGGGUGGCAUCGUGGAAACUUGCUGUUGAAGUCUCAACUGCCUAAGUGGUUCUUAAAGGGAGGUCCCCAGGCCAGCAGCGUCAGCAUCACCUGAGAAAUAGUUAGAAAUGCACAUUUCUGGGCUUUACCCCAGACCUGCUGAAUCAGAAACUUUGGGAGGAGCAUGGACUUUGGCACAGAGACCUGGGUGCAGCUCUCAGCUCUGUCUUGUCCUUGCUGGGGGACCCUGGGUGAUUGCUAAACCACUGUGACCCUGUUUCCUCAUGGGUAUGGUAGGUCUGCGGUCUACAGCGAGGCACAGGCCAGCCCAGCUCCACGAGGACUGAACAAGGUGCUGUCCCACUGCCACCAUGCCGGAAGUCGAGAGAAAACCCAAGAUCACUGCUUCCCGCAAACUCUUGCUGAAGAGCCUGAUGCUGGCCAAGGCCAAGGAAUGCUGGGAGCAGGAGCAUGAGGAGCGCGAGGCUGAGAAGGUGCGCUACCUGGCAGAGCGCAUCCCCACACUGCAGACGCGUGGCCUGUCCCUCAGUGCCCUGCAGGACCUGUGCCGGGAGCUGCAUGCCAAGGUAGAGGUGGUGGAUGAGGAGCGAUAUGACAUUGAGGCCAAAUGUCUCCACAACACCAGGGAGAUUAAGGACCUGAAGCUGAAGGUGAUGGACCUCCGUGGGAAGUUCAAGCGCCCGCCCCUGCGUCGGGUCCGUGUCUCGGCUGACGCCAUGCUCCGGGCCCUGCUGGGUUCCAAGCACAAGGUGUCCAUGGAUCUGCGGGCCAACCUCAAGUCUGUGAAGAAGGAAGACACAGAGAAGGAGCGGCCUGUGGAGGUGGGUGACUGGAGGAAGAAUGUGGAGGCCAUGUCUGGCAUGGAAGGCCGGAAGAAGAUGUUUGAUGCUGCCAAGUCUCCGACCUCACAAUAGAGGCCAGCUUGCUGUGCUGCGCUCUGAGCUCCUGCUUCAUGCUUCUUCUCCAACCCAGCUCACUCACUUCUCUGCCCGUGUCUGGAGCAUCCCUUCCCACCUCCCCCCUCACUUCUUCCCUCCAGCCUGCAUGCCCUCCUCUGGAACUGGGAUUAAAGAGAUAUCCAAGAGGCAGGACAAACGCGAGUGUCUGAAGACCUCACCCCAGCAGGGUGGGCUCCCACCCAUCCAUGAGGCACUUGGGGCUUCCCAGCUACCCUGUGGUGUAACAGGUGGAGGACGAGGAGGGAGUGAGAGCACCUUUCCUCUAGCCCUGUGCCACACCCCUUCUAUGUGUGUACAGUGUCCACAGCCAUCUUCAUUAAAAACCCAGUUUCCUGGUCAUUUCUGCA